AUGCGUCAAAUGGCUCCUCCUUCACAAGCAGGCGCACAAAUGUCUGGUCCUGGACAACCUCAGCCUAUGAAUGCAAUCUGUGAAAAAGACUUUGCUCAGUGGUGGGAUGCUUUCUCCCACGAGUUUUUCGACGAUGAUGCGAAGUUAUGGAUAAAUAUAGUAGAUGAACACAGUCCUCAUUCAGAAAAAUAUGUUCUGGGUCGGCAACUUAUACCUCGCUUUUUCCGCUCUUUCUUUGAAAGUAAGAUUCGAGAAAUGUACUUUGUUAUACGUGGGCAAUCUCGCGAGUCACAAACACCAUCUGGGAUGAUACACUACGAAAAUCAAGACAUGCUUCAGGUCACAAAGCACGAUAUCCCCAAUGCUGAGGUACAAACCAAGUUUAAAUUGUUCAUCGAAUUUACGCCCUAUGACGAAAUAUUAAACCAUCGGAUACGGACAUGGAGCAUGGAAUUAGAGAGUUGCCAGGAGUUUUUCAUGAACGAAAUCACAAAGGAAUACGAAAUACACCAUCCCGAUGGUAUGGAGAAGUCGCUGCCCUUGACUCGUGUUGGUAUGCCGUUACAAACGAUGGCAUGCCUAUCGAUGAGUCGCAUUUUGGAGCCUAUGCAAAUGCUUAUGAGUCAAAGCAAGACGUCUGGACUUUCGCCUAGAGAUGCUAUGACUCGCACGUUAUUCGCUCACCAUACGAAGAUGCAACAGCAACAACAAAUGGCGAUGCAACAUAUGAAUCAACCAUCCAUGUUACCUCCUACGACAGUUGAAGAGCAAAAGCCUAAACCUGCUCGAAAACGGCAACGGAAAACCACUGCAAACAAUAAAAAUAAGAAGGCAAACGCAAGUCCUGCGCCAGCAAACGCCGGUUUCCCCUCAAAUCCUAUGCCCGGCAACAUGCAAUCCAUGGGACCGAGCGGCCAUAUAGGUGGACCAGGUAUGAGCGGCAUGCAAAGCGGGCCGCCCAUGGGUCCUCCAAGUGGCUCACAAAUGAGUGGAACUGGGCCGCUUGUUCCCGGUGGUCCUCAAAUGGUACAAGGUGGCGCCAUUGGACCCGGAUCUGUCCCCAUGGGUCCAGGAAUGCCUCCAGCCGCUAACCAACAACUUACACAAUUAGGUCAACCACAAAAUGGCCAUCCACCUCCGCAAGGUAUGCCUUAA